GGAGAUAGUCUAAUGGCGCUGCCACAGACGCUAUAAUGGAACAGAUACAAAAAAAUAUUUGUCCUCUAUCUAGCUCUAUGCUGAUAACUCAUCUAAUAUGCUAGCUACUUCGCUGAAAUAAAAGGGCACGGACACUCAGGUCAUGAGAUGGGAUGUGUGUACUGCUGGAGGAAUACGGAGCUGAAAGAGGUGCAAAGUAUCCAUUGAAAACACUCAGACGUUUUGCAGAACUGGGAAGAAGUGUUCUCCUGUUGCCAGUAUGUCGGCUGUUCCUGCGGCCGUCCCGACGCUUGUUAAUCCACCGCCACCAGAGUUCUUCAACCCCAACAAGCCUGGCAGGAAAACUAACCAACUACAGUACAUGCAGAAUGUUGUGGUGAAGACUCUAUGGAAACAUCAGUUUGCGUGGCCCUUUUAUACGCCUGUGGAUACCAUCAAAUUAUGUCUUGCUGACUAUCAUAAAGUUAUCAAGAGCCCAAUGGACAUGGGAACAAUAAAGAAGAGGCUAGAGAAUAACUACUAUUGGAGUGCCAGCGAGUGCAUGCAGGACUUCAACACAAUGUUUACCAACUGUUACAUCUACAACAAGCCUACAGAUGACAUUGUGCUGAUGGCCCAAGCUCUGGAGAAAAUCUUCUUACAGAAAGUGGCUCAAAUGCCUCAGGAGGAGGUGGAGCUGCUACCACCGGCCCCCAAAGUUAAAGCUGCCCACAAACCAGGAGGGCCUAUUAGUGCAGGCAGCCAAGCAGAGGCUGAGCCAACAGAUUCACCCCCAUCCACUUAUCCCAGCUCCCCUCCACCUGUGUGUCAGACUCCUGUCAUAGCAGCCACGCCAGUGCCAACCAUCUCUGUUAUCCCUGUCCAAGCUGUGUCUCCCGCUGCCUCCAUGAUGGCUGUGGUUCCCACAGCACAGCCAGUCAUCAAAAAAAAGGGGGUGAAGCGGAAAGCAGACACAACAACUCCCACAACCUCAGCAAUCUCGGCCAGUAGAAGUGACUCUCCUACCCAGCUCCUGGAAUCCCAACAGGGGAAAGUCUCAUCCAGGCGGGAGAGCACGGUGCGACCCGUCAAGCCCCCCAAGAAGGGCACCGAGGACGGAGAGGUGCCACUGCUCGGUGGCAAGAAAGGCAAGCCCGGCGAGCAGCUCAAGCACUGCGACUUCAUCCUGAAGGAGAUGCUCUCCAAGAAGCACGCAGCCUACGCUUGGCCUUUCUAUAAGCCUGUAGAUGCGGAGGCGCUUGAACUGCAUGACUACCAUGAGAUCAUCAAGCACCCCAUGGACCUCAGCACUGUCAAAAAAAAAAUUGACAGUCAAGAUUACCAAGAUGCCCAAAGCUUUGCAACGGACGUCCGGUUAAUGUUCUCAAAUUGCUACAAGUACAACCCCCCCGACCACGAGGUUGUAGCCAUGGCCAGGAAGCUACAGGAUGUGUUUGAGAUGCGAUUUGCCAAGAUGCCAGACGAGCCUGUUGACGCCACCCAGCCCUCCACCACGCCGGUGGUAAGCAAGAGUACAGAGAGCAGUGAGAGCAGCGGCAACACCUCCAGCUCGGAGAGCUCGGACUCAGAGGAGGAGCGGGCCACGCGGCUCGCCGAACUGCAGGAACAGGUGGGUUCGGAACAGCUGAAGGCCGUUCACGAACAGCUGGCUGUUCUGUCACAGGCCCCAGUAAGUAAACCAAAGAAAAGGGAGAAAAGGGAAAAAGAGAAGAAGAAAGAGAAGGACAAGGGGAAAGCUGAUGACAAGAAGAAACCCAAGUCAGCACCCCAAGUCAAGCCAGCUAAUCAGAAAAAGGCUCCAGUCCGGAAACCAAACAGCAUGGUGGUGGCUACCAGGCAACUGAAGAAAGGGUCCAAGGUGGUGGUGGCGAACAACGAGUCAGAAGAGGAGCCAUCCCUUCCCAUGUCGUAUGACGAGAAGCGCCAGCUCAGCCUUGACAUCAACCGUCUUCCGGGUGAGAAGUUGGGCAGGGUGGUCCACAUCAUUCAGUCCCGGGAGCCAUCGUUGCGUGACUCCAAUCCAGACGAGAUAGAGAUAGACUUUGAGACACUCAAACCCUCAACCCUUCGUGAGCUCGAACGAUAUGUCAAGUCCUGUUUGCAGAAAAAGCAGCGGAAACUUUUACAGAAGGCAGGCUCGGCGCCAGCAGGGGGCGCCUCUCGGCUGAGCGGCAGCAGCAGCUCCUCUGACUCUGGCAGCAGCAGCUCCAGUGGCUCCAGCUCAGAAAGCAGUGACUCCGAUUGAUCAGAGAAAGACCCCCAUACCCUGAGUCCCUCUCUCACCUUAGGUAAUUUACCCUCCUUUUUAGCUAGUAGGGUAUUGUCUUCUUUUCUUCCCCUGGAUUACUUUUAUAAGAUAAUGAAGACUUUCGAUGACUGAAGAUAUUGAUCAUGUUUUGUAUUUAGCAAUGCCUUUAGAGACAAAGUAGGAAAACGUGUAAGAAGAUAUAGCUGACUGAACAUAGUCAGGGUUUGUUUUUGCUGGCCCUCAAAGGGAAAUGCCUGGUAUCACCAGAACCACAUGUUAGUUAUUUUAAUUGAAGAGAAAAAAAAAAUUCUGCUUUACAUGGGUGCUCGUAGCUGAAUCAACUUUGAAAGACUGUUAUACCAGUAGGAAAUCUUUAAUAACACUAAGAUUGAUUUUGGUUUGGACAACAUUGUCUCAAAGGACAAAUGUGUUUUUUCUCUUCCUGGGAUGGCUGUUGCCUGUAGUUUGACCUUUGCCACCUCACAACAUUCCAUUCCAUUUUGUUUUACUUUAUGUAUACAGCUAUAUUGAAGAAAUUAAGAUUGUUAUUUUUUAUGAGCAUAAAUCUCAUUUCCAUUGACAAUGCAAAACAAAUGGUUACUAGUCAUCUAUCGCAAAGAAUUUAUUUUUAUCAAUCUUCCAUGCUCCAAUCAGUAUUUAAAUCUGUUAUGUCUCAAGGGUCUGUUAAAAUAUAGUUGUGGGUUAACACUAGACUGCAGUUGAAUAGAACAUUGACUUAAUCAUGGCCCUAUCUGUAUUUUCUGAGGAUAUUUUAUAUACACAUUUGUGGCAAAGUAAAGUUGCUAUUCGAACACCUUUUGCUGAUUGUCUAAUUAUCAUUUUUGUGUCUUGUUUUCUUAGCAGUGUUUUGCUUUGAUAUUUUGCAUCAAGAAUGUGGAGCAUAUACAAAUGAACUUGUUUGGUUUGAUACUUCCCAAAGUAAUGUAUUACUAGAUGUACUAAUACCUUUUAACAUCUACUUCUUUAUAAAGAGUUCACCUGAUGAUUUGUCAGGUGAUUUUCUUUUAUCAAGCAGUUGAGACUGAGUUCUAUGUUUUUCUCAAUUUUAUUCGAUAGUUCUUGACACUUCUAUCGUCCUUUACAUGUAUCUAUGCAGCCAGUGUUUAAUGUUAAAUGCUCCCCUCCUAAGAUGUUUUAACACGCAUCACAUACUCUUGUGAUUUGUUUCCUGGCCUGUUUGUAUAUUUGGCAUGUGCCAUAUCUGACAACUUUCAUUAUUGAAUGAAAUAACUAUUUCCAUUGUCUGUGUAUGGGCUAGUCUUUCAUUGAACAUGAUGGUUAUAUUCCACAUGUAGGUGAAUUAACACUUACAGUAUAGCCUGUUUCUUUUGAGUCGAGAGCAAUGGGCUCUCCGUCUCAUCUGGGUGAUCGACUAAACACAAAAUGUAUAAAAACUCUAUUGGUUUACUAAAGACAGAAUUAUUUUGUUAACAUUUGAGCAUUGCAAAGACCUCAAACAAAGCUACACUGAACAAAAAUAUAAACACAACAUGCAACAAUUUCAACGAUUUUACUGAGUUAAAGUUCAUAUAAAUGAAUGAGAAUACCAAUAUGCAUCGGUUGGUCACAGAUACCUUUAAAGGUAGGGGCGUGGAUCAGAAAACCAGUCAGUUCGCCAUUUGCAGUGCGAAACAUCUCCUUCGAAUAGAGUUGAUUAGGCUGCUAAUUGUGGCCUGCUCAAUGGGUGACAUGUCUGGUGAUUUUGCAGGGUAUGGAAGAACUGGGACAUGUUCAGCUUUGAAGGAAUUGUGUGCAGAUCCUUGCAAAAUGGGGCAGUGCAUUAUCAUGAUGAAACAUGAGGUGAUGGCGGGGAUGAACGGCAGCAUGCCAGUGGCCAUCCUAAGGGGAGCAUUUGCCCACUGAAGUCUGAUACGACGCCAAACUGCAGUCAGGUCAAGACCCUGAUGAGGACGUUGAGCACGCAGAUGAGCAUCCCUUAUACGUUCUGACGAAAUUCUUUCGGUUGUGCAAACCCACAUUUUCAUCAAGCAGGCUGGAGGAUCACACAGCUGAAGAAGCCUGAUGUAGAGGUCCUGGGCUGGACGUGGUUCCUCGUGGUCGGAGGUUGUGAGGCCGGUUGGACGUACUGCCAAAUUCUCUAAAACGACAUUGGUAGAGAAAUUAACAUUACAUUCUCUGGUAACAGCUCUGGUGGGCAUUCCUGCAGUCAGCAGGCCAAUUGCACGCUCUCUCAACUUGAGACAUCUGUGGUGUGGCAAAACUGCACAUUUUAGACCUGAUGUUUUAUUGCCCCCGGCACAAGGUGCACCUGUGUACUGAUCGUGCUGUUUAAUCAGCUUCUUAAUAUGCCACAUCUGUCAGGGGGAUGGAUUAUCUUGGCAAAUGAAAAAUGCCCACUAACAAGGAUCUAAACAAAUUUGAGAGAAGUAAGCUUUUUGUGCAUCUUUUAUUUCAGCUCAUGAAACAUGGGACCAACACUUCACAUGUUGCGUUUAAAUUUUUGUUAAGUGUCCUAAUAAACAAUGUAGUCCAAAUUCAGAAUAAUGUAUUCAAACUGCUUGUUUACCCUUUUACAAAUACACCUGCUAUGACUGGGUUUUUACUAUUAUGUAUGUGAGGUGGUAAAUGUAUUUGCGAUCGGUUAGAGAUCAUUUACAAUGGCAAUUCAUGAAUCUGAGAUCAUUAAAUUAGUUGCUAGUAGUGGUGAUAUUUUUUACUUUUAACAGCUAAAUUCUCAUUAACACAGACAACCUCUUACAUUAAAACAUUUAAAAACAGCUUGGUGUGCCUGAGUGAUGUCAUACGAGUUGAGACAAGUAUAUACAGUACCUUCAGGAAGUAUUCACACCCCUUGACUUUUUCCACAUUUUGUGUUACAGCCUGAAAUUAAAAUGGAUUAAAUUGAGAUUGUCACUGGUCUACACACAAUACCCCAUAAUGUCAAUGUUGAAUUAUGUUUUUACAAAUUAAUUAAAUAAACUGAAAUGUCUUGAGUCAAUAAGUAUUCAAUCCAUUUUGUUAUGGGAAGCCUAAAUCAGUUCAGAAGUAAAAAUGUGCUUAACAAGAUUUUUGAAUGACAUCCCUCGGUAAAUGUCAAACAGAUUCAAACACAAAGACUAGGGAGGUUUUCCAAUGCCUCGCAAAGAAUGGCACCUAUUGGAAGAAGCAGACACUGAAUAUCCCUUUUGAGCAUGGUGAAGUUAUUAAUUACACUGGAUGGUGUAUGGAUACACCCAGUCACUACAAAGUUACGGGCGUACUUCCUAAGUCAGUUGUCAGAGAGGAAGGAAACCGCUCAGGGAUUUCACCAUGAGGCCAAUGGUGACUUUAAAACAGUUAUACCGUUUAAUGGUUGUGAUAGGAGAAAACUGAGGAUGGAUUAACAACAUUGUAGUUUCUCCACAAUACUAACCUGAAUGACAGUGAAAAGAAGGAAGCCUGUACAGAAUAAAAAUACUCCAAAACAUGCAUCCUGUUUUAAAUAAACCACUAAAGUAAAACUGCACAUAAUUUGGGGCAAAUUCAACAACACAUCAGUGGGUAUCACUAUCAAGCAUGGUGGUGGCUGCAUCAUGUUUUGGGUAUGCUUGUCAUCGGCAAGGACUAGGGAGUUUUUUUUAGGCUAAAAAGACACUGAAUAGAGCUAAGCGCAGGCAAAAUCUUAGAGGAAAACCUGGUUUCAGUCUGCUUUCCAACAGACACUGGGAGAUAUUCACAUUUCAGCAGGAUAACCUAAAACACAAGACCAAAUAUACUCUGGAGUUGCUUACGAAGACGACAUUGAAAGUUCUAGUUACAGUUUAGAUUUAAAUUGUCUUGAAAAUCUAUUGCAAAACUUGAAUUGCUGUCUAGCAAUGAUCAACAAGUAACUUGACAGAGUUAGAUUUUUUUUUUUUAAGAAUGAGCAAAUAUUGUACAAUCCAGGUGUCCAAAGCUAAUAGACUUACCCAGGAAAAUCUCAGCUGUAAUCACUGCCAAAGGUGAUUCUACACUGAACAAAAAUAUAAAAAUUUAACAAUUUCAAAGAUUUGACCUAGUUAGUUCCUAUAAAGGCAACAGUCUAUUGAAAUAAAUUCAUUAUGCCCUAAUCUAUGGAUUUCACAUGACUGGGAAUACAGAUAUGCAGAUGCAUUGGUCACAGAUACUUUUUAUUUUUAAAAGGUAAGAGCGUGGAUCAGAAAAACAGUCAGUAUCUGGUGUGACCAUUUGCCUCAUGCAGCACGACAUGUCCUUCGCAUAGAGUUGAUCAGGCUGCUGAUUGGCCUGUGUAAUGUUGUCACACUCUUCUUCAAUGGCUGUGUGAAGUUAAUGGAUAUUGGCAGGAACUGGAACACGCUGUCGAACACGUCGAUCCAGAGCAUCCCAAACAUGCUCAAUGGGUGACAUUUCUGAGUGUAGGCCAUGGAAGAACGGUGACAUCAGCAAACCGCUCGCCCACACGCCGCAAUACACACUGUCUGCUCGGUACAGUUGAAACAGGGAUUCAUCUGUGGCCUCCCAUCCUAUUAACUUCUCUUGUCCCCUCUCUCCGCUAUAGAGUUGUUUGGUAUUUGUCCCUCACCUUAAUCUCUGAGACGGUUUCUGGCCUAUGUAAUAUGAUUCCACCUUAUUCCUAUAUUGUCCAUUUGCUUGUUUGAUGACUGCCAUGACCCAGGUCAUAGCGGGACUUCUUGUACUUAUUCCUGUCCUCAGCCAUAGACAGGGUUGUCUACGUUAGCUCAGUGUGCGGUAGCCCUGUCCUCUGACACUAAACUAAUCUCUGUAUUAAUCCAGGGCUUUUGAUUGGGGAAGCAGCGAACCCUCACAGUGGGGAUGUUGCUGAUGUAUUUUCAAAAAAGCCAAUGACGGAGGUGUGUUAACUCUUCAAUGUUAUCGGCAGAGUCUCGAAACAUAUUCCAGUCAGUGGUGGCAAAGGAGUCCUGUAGCAUCUCUGAUUCUGGUGACCAUUUCUCAAUAGAGCGAGUCACAGGUACUUCCUGUUUUGAGUUUCUGCUUGUCAUCAGGAAGCAGGACUACGGAGUCAUUUACCAAAUGGCAGACGAGGGAGGGGCUUGUAUGCUUGCUUGCUGGUAGAAUAACAGUGAUCUCGGACUUUAUUGCCCCUUGUGGCGUUGGAGACGUGUUGAUGGAAGUUGGGCAUCACGUGUCUUAGUGACUGGGAAUUAAAAUCGCCGGUAACCAGAUAAGCAGCCUCGAUUUAGGUUUUCUUGCUUGUUUAUAGUCUUGUACAGUUCGUUAAGUGCCAGCGUGUUAUUUUUCUUGUCCUGGGGUGGAAUGUAUACAACAGUCACAAAACUCCCUCGGGAGGUAGAAGGGUUGGCAUUUGACGAUCAGGUAUUCCAAGACGAGGGAAUAGUGGGUCGGCACUUCCAUCGCACUGGAGUUAGCACACCAGUUGAUGUAGAGGCAAACCCCUCCCCCCUCGAUUUCCUUAACUCCACUGUCCUGUCUGCGCAGUGAAUGGAGACUCCAUCAAGUUGGAUAGCCAUGGGGGGUAUCUUGACCGAGAGCCAUGUUUCCACAGUCCCGUUGGAGCCAGAGCAUUAUGGUAUUGGAACUGACCAUGUUACCGUGCCUUCGGGAAAAAUUCAAACCCCUUGACUUUUUCCACAUUUUGUUACGUUAGCCAUAUUCUAAAAUGGAUUAAAUAUAAUUUUUUACUCUAAUCUACACACAAUACCCCAUGAUGAAGAGAAAACAGGUUUAGACAUAUGUUGCAUUUAUUUUUGUUCAGUAUAACAUGUAUUUACUCAGGGGUUGAAUAUUUACCUAAUCAAGAGUUUGAUUUCUUUUCUGAUUUUUUUUACAAAAAAUCCACUUUGACACGUGUAGAUCGUUGACAGAAAAUUAUAUUAAUUUGAAUACCCCUUUAUAACAAAAUGUGGCAAAAGUAGGGGUUUGAAUACUUUCUAAAGGGUUUUCACCAGCUUCACUGAUUUGUUCCUUUUAGUUCUUGGUCAUAGGUAAUUUUUAUUUCAAAACAAUUGUAUGUAUUUUGCAUACCCUCCUGCUGCAACUUUCUUAAAUAUUUUGUAGCACAGUAUAGUAACUUCUGUAGACAUGUCUUUGAGAAAUGUAAGAUUCAUGUUGUUUUAAGGGUGAAAUUAUAUGGGGAUGCAGGGCAAACAAAGUGAAUAUUUAUGUAAUUAUUUACAUGGGAUCCCUUAUUUUCUGAGUUCCUUUGUUUUAAUUAAACUACAAACAUACAAUUGUGAGCUCCUGGAGUCUUUGUAUACUAUCCACAUAACAGCUGUUAAAGCUGGCAGGGGCAUUAGCUAUGUUAAAGGUUUGUGGUAUGUAACAGACAGAAAUUGAAUUGAAAGUGCAGACUUCUAUUUCACAGGACAAUGCACAUAA